GCAAGCGAUUGCAGCUAUCCUCGUCACACAUAUAGUUGUGAUUGCUCCUGGGGGGAGAGAGCGGUCGGGUACUGUUACCUUUUCAGCACAAUUAUGCACGUUUAAGUCAUGUAAGAAGCUCUGUAAUGUCAAAAGAACAGGAUAAAGAUACCUUCUCGCUCAAAAGAACCCGAGGUGGAGAUGGUGGGCUUGAUGAUCUAGGAGGGCCGGGUGUUUUGCUGGAUAGCCCAGACAAGAAAAAGUGCAAGUCGAACGCACAGGCUCCUUUCUUCGCUCCCCUAUCUGAGUAUGCUCCAUCACCAAACCGAAGUGCCGACCACCUAGUGGCUGCCAAUCCUUUUGAUGACAACUACAACGCACCAUCUUUCAAGCCUCUGUCCUCUGGGAACCCAUAUUUUGGCAACCCGCACUACCCUGGCUGCAGUGGAUAUGGCCCGCCCAGGAUGGACCACCUCAUGCCCAAUAGGAUGCCCUCUUCUUACAGGGGUCCCUACCAGAUACGAAACCAGCUCCACCCUUUUGCCCAGACUCAAAUGGGCAUGGGGUUCAAUCGACCCCCCGGCUUUAACUAUGGUUACCAUGAAAAUCCCAAUUAUGGUAACCAUCCACCAUUAAACAACAACAGUAUCAUGCCACUUCCACCCAAUCAAUCUUUCAGACCAGGUCCCCGUGGCAACUUAAAUCAGGUGCAUCUGCAUAAUGUGACCCAAAGCACUUCUCCUGACAUGGGCCCGAGCUUUAGAUCAGCGGUCAUCCCAAUUGGGAAUCCACCUCCCCGACCCGGCAUGGACUCUAGUCCCGGUUUUAUUCGGCAGCAGCAAAACAACAGCUUUACCCAGUCCAAUACACCCACACCUAAACAGGACAUGAGUGAGGUGGUGUCAAGCAAAAGUACAUCCCAGAAUACAUCUCCACAGAAACGAAGCCAUGGCUCAGAGGAGAUCAUGGGUCAGAAAAACUCUGUCGACCUGAAAUCAAAGAAUAGAGGCGCCCUGGUCUGUCAGGGUGCAAGUCAGCCUAUCACCACAGAGAAAAUCAACGGCAUCAUCCAUCCCAAUAAUGAUUCUCUGAAGAAGUCCCCACAGUCAGGCAGGCACAUGGAGGCAGCCCCCCUGGAGCGGAGUAGAAGCAAUGGAGGUGGUGGUGUGGUCAUCAAUAAGACACUGAUGCAUCCCAACAGGCCUAGCCACUCCUCCACAGAGCCUGUGUUUCCAUGUGGAAUAUGCCUGAAUGAAGUGAAUGAUGACCAGGAAGCUAUCCUGUGUGAGGCCUCAUGUCAAAAAUGGUUCCACAGGGUUUGUACUGGAAUGACUGAGACAGCUUAUAACCUGUUGACAGCAGAGGUGUCGGCAGUGUGGGGCUGUGACAUCUGCAUGGAGGAGAAAGGGGCACAGCUCCAUAGAACAAAGGAGAUAACAGGGCAGCCAGCAGGGCAGCAGCCAACAGUUAACAGCGAGUGAUAUGGUCAUGAAUAUGGGCCAUCAGUAACAUUAUUAAUAUACUGGUUAUACUAUUUCCUUUGCUAUACUUCCUUUGUUGGUCAUUUUUCCUUACGUUUUUACGUAGGGUUUACGAAGGGUUACAUUUUUACCAUUUUGUUGUUUUAUUUGAGAUUUGGUAUAAUUUGGAUAGCAGUGUCUGUUCCCUGCUUAGACCGAUGCAAGAGCUAGACUGAAGUUCUUUUUAAUGUCAUAUGUAUUCCCUAUUUUUGGGCAGGUACCAUUGGCCAUGUUGACCACAAUAAUGUCAUUCUCUUAACAAGGUCCUUACUGUUUCGCUUAACUUUCCUGGCCUAUGGUUUAUAUAAGUUAUUAUAACAUCAGUAUGAGUAAGCUAUCCAGACAGGUUAACUGAUUGACGGAUGCAAACGUAUUCAACGUUUUAAUCAUAUAUUUUUUUCAACUGCUGUUAUUGUUUGACAGAUUUUGAGCAGUAUGAUUGUUUCCCAAAACGUUGAUAGUCACAGCUGGAGUGGUGUUCCAAAGCCAUACACCUGUACUGUAUGCUAUACAACCAGAAUUGGAUCUGAUACAUUUUGUAUAAAUGAUUCGAUACAUGUGGGACGUUCCACCAAUUCGAUGCCUUUUGAGGUGUAUAACUUGGUGAGAAGAAAAAAAAAACGUUUGAAAGUAACAGGGUUGAAGAUGUCAUCUUAAAUCAGACAUAAAUCCCCUCGUGACAGGGGAAAUGGAAGUUGUGUGUGCAACAGGGAGGGGCAAUUGAAUGCAAGCUUAAGAAAAAAGUAUAAAUGUUCAAAAAAAAUAGCCUGUUUAAUCUAUGGGUAACAGGGUUAUUAACGUGUUAUGCUCGUGUUAUGCUCCCCCAGAACACCAGAAAAUGGCCAAAAAGAGUAGAACCAGCUCACCUGAUUUUACAAUAGGAUUUGACUAUUAGAUGUUCAAUGUUUCUUUUUCCUUUUUUUUAAAGGAAUCGUUUCACAAUAUUAAAACAAAAGUUCAGUUCACAUAACAGGGUUGACCUUAAAAUGAAUGCCAGGUUGUUGUUUUUUUACCUUAAAAUUAUUCACCAAUCACAUUAAAUAAUCUUCAUAAAAUGACUUUGUCAAAGCAAAUAAAAUAUCUAGGGCUUUACAAUGAUGGUUUAAACUUGGAUAAAUUCUUCCUGGAAGUCAGAGUGCACGGAGGAACAUGUCAAAAUGCAGAAUUUUGGCACUUUAGCAAGUCUUCAUUCAUAUAAAAAAAAUCGGAUUUGUUGAAUGUGGUCUAUAUUAAAGGGCACACCUUUGACUAUAACAGGCUUUUAAAAUUCAAUAUUGAUGCACAAUUUCUACGUAAAAUACCAAAGGCACUCAUUUUGUGGAACGAUCCAUGUAUUUUAUUUAAACUGUUGAUAUUGAAUGUAUUUAGAGCCUUAAUGAAGUUACUUUGUAAAACAGUAUACAGAUUAAUCUCAUUUAAAUUAACCUAUUAUAUAAAAGACAUGUAUAAUGCUCUAAAAAUGUUUUUAGUAUGUGUGCACUUUGCUUUAAUUGUAUUAUUUUUGCGCAAACAUGAUGCAUUUAAAUCAACAUUUCUUUAUAUUUUGUUUUCAUUUUGGAAAGGUAAAAUAAUAAUGAUAAUUAGUACUAAGAGACAUGCUUACUGCAUAAAGGGAAAAUAACCUUGGUUCAAAAUAAACUUCUUUGUCAAAAUAUA